GCUGGUUACUUCACCGAAGAAAGUCGUACAGUACGAUGGAUGCGCUGGACGAUCUUCCGUCCAGCGACGAGCCCUGCCGGCUGUGUCUGAAAAAGUGCGACCAGGCGUACAGCGUGUACGUCCACUCGGCGGACGGGCUGCUGCGCGAGCUGCCCAAAAAGAUCCUGGACUGCGUCGCGCUGGAGAUCGGCGACGCCUCCAACUUCCAGCUGGUCUGCAGCGAGUGCAUCUGCAAGCUGGACUACUUCCACGAGUUCCGCGAGAACUGCCGCAAGUGCCAGACGUUCUUCGAUGAGAUGAUGCUGUUUUGCCAAACGGAGGCUCUGGUGGCCGAGCAGCAGCAGCAGUUGUACCAUCAACAGCACGGUCCGGACGAACUGCCGGAGAUAAGCUUUUCGGGUAGUGAGUUUCUGGGCAGUCCCAACAAGGAGUACGACUACAUCAUGCAGAGUCUGGACAAGGAGGACAUUUCCUUUUCGUCGAACCAGGAAGCGUUGCAGCUGAAGCAGGAGCUUGAGAUUUCGAUCCAGCAGAAUCAACGGGAGCAGCACCAGCAGCACUACCACCAUCACCAACACCAGGGUGAGUUUGAGGGCAUUCCGGUGCAGUCGGCGAUGGACGCCGUGAUUCCGAGUGAGGAAACGUGCUUCAAUAAUCUGGAGGAGAUUGUGGACUCGAUCGCGGCUCAGCAGAACGCAAAUGUCGUCGGGUAUGCGAUCAACGGAGGUGAAUCUAAGGAUAGUUUGGACUACGACGACUUUGUGGGGAUUGAUUCCGUUGACGACAAUCGGGAUGCGUCUAUUUCAGAGAUUCAAGUACAGGAGAUCAUUUCGGAGCAAAAGUUUCAAUCCUCAAUUGGACUGCUUCCGGAACCGGACCUCAACGAUACUAGCAUCUCACAGCAGCAACAGCUGUUUAUUGAAGACAAACCUGCUUUGGAGCAGUCAGUUCCUCCAAUUCCUAGAGAAGAACCACCUCCCGUCCAAGAACAGCCAAUCCCACCAGAACCAGCAGUGCCUCCGGUCAAGUUCCAACCGCAAAACGAUCGAACCUGUGAGUUCUGCGGGAAGGAGUUUUCAACGCGAACCAAGCUGAAAAUCCACCGCAACACCCACCUCAACAUCUCCCCGUUCAAGUGCCCCAUGGGCGGCUGCGGCAAGUCGUUCAAGUCCAAGAUCGGCCUGGACGAGCACGUGGCCGGACACACCGGCAACUAUCCCAUUUCCUGCAACGUGUGCGGCAAGGGGUUCGUCAACCAAAGCUACCUCACGGCCCACCUCCGGAUCCACGCCGACGAGAAAACGUUCCGCUGCAACAUCUGCAAGCAGGCCACCUUCAAGACCAAGAAGUCGCUGGUCGAUCACAAGAACCGACACCUCGGCCUUAAACCGUUCGAAUGUGGCCAAUGCCAGAAGGUCUUCACCAACCAGUAUCUGCUUCAGCAGCACGAGCAAGUUGCCCACAGCGGCGUUCGCUUCCCCUGCCCGGAGUGCAGCAAGAGCUUCACCUGCAAAAGCUACCUCAAGGUUCACCUCAGAAUCCACCAGAAUGAUCGACCCUUUGUCUGCUCGAUCUGCGAUCGCGGCCACGUAACGAAGCGCGAUCUGGACGUGCACAUGACGCUGCACACCGGCAAGAAGCAGUUCAUCUGCGAUGUGUGUGGGAAGGACUUUGCGCGGUUGAACGCGCUGCAGUUUCACCGGAAGAUUCACGAGACGGCGGGGGAGGUGGAGGCGGAGGCAUCGUCGUCGACGACGACGGCGAUGAUUCCAGAUAGCUAGUGGCGAAGCUGUGGGAAUAGGAAUAAGCGCGAUCGCCCAGGAUACGCUCGACCGAUUCUGGCGCCAUGUCCAGAGAGGAACCGCUGCGUUCGAUAUAACUCUACUAGUGUUUGUCUUUUUUUACUGUGGCAAGGUAUUUUGCAUUGCUGUGAUUUUUUCUUCCUUAAAUUCACCGGAAAAGUUCCAAGGAUAAAUGUGCGAAAAAGUAUGUGAUUAAAUAGUUCUUUUUGCUAUGUA